UGUAACGGUUAGAGCUUCAUAAGUUGCACGUGCAAAGAGUUUGUUAAAAGAAAUGUAGUAACUCAUAUAUAAUGUCCAGAUUGGAAGUUGUGAGAUAAUUUUGAAGAAGUAGAUUCACCAUGAAGUGCUAGAUUUUUGCUUUGAUAAUACAAAAGUGUCCAUAAGGAUGGCUGCAAGCAUGCACAAUUCGACACUGGCAAAACAGAGCCAAGAGAUCGGAAAGCAGACUAAGAGGUUUCUUAUGGGGACAAAGCUAACAAUGGAUCAUGAUUCUUCUGCUCAAACAUUGGCAACUUUAGAUGAGAGCAGAUUAUCACAUGCAGAAAAUUUUCGUUUCAAUCAACAACAACAUCAGCAGAAUCAGGUUCUUGAGCAGGCCUUUUCAUCGUCAGUUGAGCGUGAAGAGGAGAUUGUUCGGUUGCAAAAGAAAAUGUGGAAAUUGCAGUAUAAGAUUAGCAAACUACAGAAGCGAGUUUCACAGCUCCAAAAUCUAUAAAAAGAGAUGCGAUGAAUUUCUUCAUCGACAGAUCCGUCUAGAGUCUAGAGAAUGAUGAAAUUUAUCUGCCUGCUUUGUAUUUUUCUCAAGCAUAGACUCGGGCAAAACCCCCAGCUCAGGAAGUUGAAGUUUGCAAAGUCAGGCAGGGGUGAUCUAGAGAGGGAAACUGAUUCCUUGAAAAAUGGGGUCCCCUCUACAAGUUCUUAUAAGGGAAAAACGAGUUUAAUGGUUAUUUUUAGCCUUCUAGUUAGCAAAAAGCUAGCAUCUAUGUUCUGUAAAAUUUGCUUCUCAAAUUUACUGCAAUAGACCGCGACCUAGCUAAAGAGCAAACUAUAUUAUUCAAGAAGUUAUCGUUUAACAACAAGCUGUAAGAUGCUUGAAAAAAUUCAUCUGUGAUUGGAAUAUGUUAGCAAUGGAUUACCAAUGUUGUAUCUUAACAUUAUGCAAGAUGUCAAGUCAGAAAUGAACAGUAAGUAGCUAACAAAUAUUUCUGUCAAUGUAAUUUUCAUUAAUGUCUCCCAAGUUCACAAUUAUUUCUUUAAAACUAAGACUAUUCUAUUUAUUUAUUCAAAGACCAAAAAUAUUUUCCUUCUUUCUAGUUAAAACAAAGGAGCUCACUGAUACAAAGCAAAGGCUCUCUGAAGUAACAGAAAAACUCUCUGAUAAGGGAAGACAGUUACAGAGGCUUCAAACGAUGUACGACUCUUUACGAAGAAAAUCUGUCAACCCGGCUAUUUUGACAGAGCAUUAUGGAAACACUGAGGUUUUGAAUGCAAUGAAAACCUCUUUCACCCUUCCAAUUGGAACAACAUCAGGUAUUCCAAAGGCAUUACCAAAUGAGAUUGAUAUGCCACAAAGGCCAGUCCCGGAUGCCACUCCUAACAGAGAAUUUCACUUUACACCAGUUCCAAUGGCCGAGUCAAACUAUGAGCAGAUAGUAUUUGAUGUCCCAAAGCAAAAGACAUACCAGAACAGAUUCCAUCUAGAGCUGAAUACUCCAAGAGCUGGAGCAAAAUAAGCAGACUUCUUUCACUUACAGCUAUGCUGUUCAAAUUUCACUUUACAUUUUUGCCUCUCAUGAAACUGUUGCAGUUUUACAUUCAUAUCAUCCAGGUAUUCUGCAGGUAUUCUUGAAACCUUGCUUGUUGUUUCACAAGAGGACUUGGAAGAUUCUCAUAAACGUAUUGUUUUGCAGAAAAACUGUCUCGAAAAAUUAUAUGCUAAUCUUACC